CGAAGUAUAAGAGAAAGAAAGAAAGAAAGAAAGAAAGAAGAAAGAAAGAAAAGAAGGAAAGAGGAGGGAAGGAACGAACGAAGAACGAACGAACGAACGAAGAAAGGAAUGAACGAAGGAAGGAACAAGGGAGGAAGGAACGAAGGAAAGAAAGAAGGAAAGAAGGAAGGAAAGAAGGAAAGAAAGAAAGAAGGAAAGAAAGAAAGA